GAAACGGAUGCCAAGCCUGAAGCUCUUUGGCGGCUCCACCCUUUCCCUCUCGCUUCUUCAGCGCCGUUCGCUGGGCUCGCCACCCCUCACCCCGGCCCUCGUCCCCUCUCAUGCCGUUUCGUUUGCUUCUCUUCGGCUUCAGGUCUGGCUCUUAGGUUUUAUAUUGAAAUUAGUUUGCUUGGAACUUGACCCUGGUUGUGGUGGCUGCAUCUCUUUCCAAAAAAUUUUAAGGUCCCCACGGUUUUAUGAACGCUUCCCUGCAUCCGCUCCGACCAUUAUUACUACCUAUUGCUGCUUUGAUAGUAUGGUUUAGAGCUUCAUUCAGCCCAACCGCCGGAUUCGAUCAGAUAUAUCUAUACCUUCUUCGCACUGCUGUGACCAUCGUCGUACCAUUUUGAAUGCGCUAGAUAUGCUAAUUACUCUUUGAACUUUUGCACAGGAAUAAUAUUAUUUAAUAUUAGUUAAUUCGCGCCUUCUCAUCCCCUCUCUAUUGAUAAUAUCAAAAACCGAAAACCUGCAAGAAGAAGAGGCAAAGAGAAAGAGGGGAAAAAAUCGGUACUGCAUGCUUGCGACAGAAUAGUGAAUCAAUCAUAAUGUGUCUCCCUCUUGCAUAGCCAUCCUGCAUAUAAGGUCUCAGUCGAGUCCACAAGUACAAGGAACGAUGAGGCGACAUAGUAGAGGGAGCGGCGGACCUGCUGUUGUAAGCAAAUCCGCCGCUCUGGGCUCCGAUCCAAUGUCUCUCAUACGAACUUUCAAUUCAGAAACAAACCCAUCUCGGCCCGUACGUCCCUCUCCCCUAGCUUCGUCGCAGAUACAAGGAAUGCCUCUCGAUCUAAUCGACCGAAUACGUUCAUUUCCUCUGUUUCAAUCGACACCAGAAUCAUUCCUCGCUGAAAUUGGCCUGCACCUGCGUCCGCAACUAAACUCCACGAACGAUUACAUUUUAACAGAGGGAGAUGAGGCAAAGGCAAUGUAUUGGCUGGUUCGUGGAGCGGUUGUAGUCACCUCGCGGGACGGUGAAAGUGUGUAUGCGGAGCUGAAGCCCGGUGCCUUCUUCGGAGAAAUUGGAGUGCUAAUGGACCGGCCUCGCACUGCCACCAUAAUUGCCCGCACCCGAUGUUUACUUGUCGUGCUGACAAAGGAUGAUUUUAAAAAGAUUCUUCCCCGCUUUCCAGAGGUAGAACAGACCAUUAGAGAGGAAGCUGAGGAGAGGUUAUUGAUCUUGGAAAGGAAGAAGAAGGAGCCACUAAUGCAAAAUGAUCCUCUCGGGACCCAUAGGCGGGUGACAAAGAGAGUUCGCGAUUCCUUUUCUGGAAGCUUCAGUUUUGACGAGGACGGCCACUGUUCGAGUAAUAUCAGCAAAAAACGCAAAUCUCCUAGUCCUGGUUUAGCUGAGAAUUCGAGUUCAAGCGCCUUAGCCAAUGGGCUGGUCAAUGUUCGAUUAUUGUUAAAAGAGCUACCUUUAUUUGCCGGUCUCCCGUCCAAUAUUCUCCAUUUUCUUGGCCUCAAUGCGCACCCGCGAACAUAUCAACCUUUCACAGAUAUAAUACGACAAGAUUCGCAGGGACGCGAGAUAUAUUUUAUCGUACGUGGAGAGGUGGAGGUUCUAAAUGAGCAUCCAGAUGGGCGUGGAGCGCGUCGGGGCACGGACGCUGAGGGCCGGCGUGAGGUCCAGGUCAAGGCUCGACUAAAGGCUGGACAGUAUUUCGGGGAAGUUGUGAGCCUAUCACUGGCUCCUCGCAGGACUGCCACGGUUCGCACGGUCACGUCUGUUGAAUGUUUAAUGAUAAGCGCGGAGGUGCUCUCGGAAUUUUGGGAUCGAUGUCCUCCCCGUAUCCGGGAACAGAUCGAACGCACAGCUCGGAAGCGCUUGGUCACUACGGACGGUGACGUCGAGAUGGAGGAUGUUGCUGCUGAUGCAGUGCCUCCAAUGGAUGAACUCGUAAUUAACGAGAACUUCCAUGGCUCGGUUAGGAGGCAGUCAAUGCCUCUACUCACGCUCACUGAAACAGAACUCGACAGUCCGCACAAGUCAACACGAAUAGAAGAUCGACCUAUCCUAAAGCCCUCUGACCCUGACCCCUUCCUAAUUAUCGGCUUGGAUAAUGUACGAUCUCGGUCUCGACGUGGCUCUCUUGCGCCAAUCGUGCCUGAUGGAUCUUCGCUACCUCAAGAUCAGCGACAGCAGUCUCCGGUGAGGCCUCAGUCCGGCGCAGCGUCCCCGCCAAAACCAACAACCUUUAACAUCCCCAGCUCUGCCUUUUGCCCCACGCAGUCAACUACCUCACAUCAUGCCAAGCAAUUAAGUAAAUGCUACCUUAACGAUGACAUCCUAGUCUCUAUAUUCCAACAUCUUGAACUUCACUAUCUCCUUCGCCUCCGGGUCAUCUCGCGUCACUGGUCUAACAUGAUUACCAAAUCACCCCUACUUCUGCAAUUUUUAGACCUCAGCUGCUACAACCGGAAGCUUACAGACGACAUACUUUCAAAUAUCAUUUGCCCCUUUAUCGGCGACAGGCCUCGCUCUAUCAACAUGAAUAAUUGCUUUCAUAUCACGGAUGAGGGUUUCAAGGCAUUAGCAAAUGCUUGUGGUGGAAAUCUUAUAUCAUUGAAGAUGAAAAGUGUAUGGGAUGUAACAGCUUCUGCCAUUUUGGAUAUGGCCAACAAAGCGAAAUUUCUGCAGGAAAUUGAUCUGAGUAACUGCCGGAAAGUCAGCGACACGCUUUUAGCUAGGAUUGUCGGGUGGACCGUGCCUAAUCCUUCAUUCGGACAGCACUUUCUGAACGGAAAAUCCGUCCCCAAUGCUAAGUGGGCGGGUGUAGGGCUAGUCCAGAACAUCACUCUGCAGAAUACCCCUGCCAGCGGAACGGUUGUGGGGUGCCCGGGUCUUAAACGCCUGGCUCUCUCAUACUGCAAGCACGUCACAGAUAAUUCCAUGCUUCAUAUAGCGUCCCACGCUGCGUCGCGGCUGGAAGAAGUCGACCUAACAAGAUGCACGACGAUAACUGAUAAAGGCUUUCAGUUCUGGGGAAAUGCGCAGUUCCUUCGACUACGGAAGCUUUGCUUGGCAGACUGCACAUACUUAACCGAUAAUGCUAUCGUGUACCUAACCAACGCAGCGAAAGGGUUACAGGAGCUUGACUUGUCCUUUUGCUGCGCCCUUUCCGAUACAGCCACUGAAGUGUUAGCACUAGGCUGCCCGCAAUUGACGCAUCUCAAUUUAUCCUUCUGCGGCUCAGCGGUUUCAGAUCCUUCUCUGCGCUCUAUUGGCUUGCAUCUUCUCCUUCUGCAAGAGCUGUCGGUCCGUGGGUGCGUGCGGGUUACCGGCACGGGCGUUGAAUCUGUCCUCGAUGGAUGUAACUUCCUUCGUGUUUUUGAUGUUAGCCAGUGCAAAAACCUAACGCCGUGGCUAGAUUAUGGCUUUCAUAGGAAGUAUGGAGAUAAGAUACGGUAUGAGACAAUUUCCAAGAAUGGUAAACUGGUUCGAUGACAGGGCACAGGGAUACAGUUCUAUCAAGUCGUGUAUCCUUCACUCCCUUGACGGCCAUCCCACCCUAGUAGCUCCUUCCUUUCUAUUUUUAACCCCCCAUUGAUAUUCUCUCCUCUUCUUUUUCGGAUAAUAGUUUACUAUCUCCUGAUCAUUUAUUCCCAGUGGCCCCUCUUCUUUUCACGACACUUAGGUUUUGUAGAAGCUGCCGCGGAAAAAUCAUUUUGGCUUUGACACAAAUACCCGACCUGUAUUGUUGGAUACGAAUUUGGUUUCCCUCCCCAAUAUCUACUGGUUAUUUUUUCUGCUCUUUUGGAUUUUUUUAAACUUACGACAGACAUGAUAUCCGCACCACCUGUUUACUUCUUCAUUUCCUCUUCAUUCCCCCCUCCUGUUUUUUUUUGGUUUGUUUAUUGCAUACACAACUAUAUAGUUGGUGUCCGAGCCAUCUGUCGAGGACGUCGGAAUGCUCUACUGUUUCUACCGCAAUGGAGCCUUGUUGUUCCUAGUUCUCACUGUUUUCCUGGCGUUUAAUAGAGGACGGAUUUCACGGAAAACUCGUUGAUCAGCAUAUCUGGUUUCUGGAUUUCAGUGAACUGUUGCCAAUUGACAGAUGCUCACAUCCUUGCAUUUUAAUUUUCUAUUUUUUUUUUCUCGCCCCCUCAAAGUCAAUAUGUUCUCUUUCUCCCCUUGUGCUCCUUUCUGUAUACUUUGUUGCGAGUAAAAGAAUUUUCCUUUUUUUCCCUGUUUUUUCCAUCUUUUUCUUUUCUUUUCUUUUCUUU